GCCCCGCCGCAAUCUAGAAUACGCAGAGUUCUAUUAAUGUUACGAGACACAUUUCAGACUACUUUCAAUUCUCUUGGACUUUCCCAACUGUAUCCUUGUUGCCCAUCCUUUGAGCCAGAUAAACUUAUCCUGUCCUCACUACUUUCAACCACGUGUCUGACGGUCAUGCAAGAUACCCAUUCAGACAUCCUCCCGCCUCCAUAUCCAUUUCCCAAUAUGACAGUCUAUAGACUCAUAUCUUGGAUGAAUUCUGGUAGCAACCAGAAAUCCGAGACUGAAGUUGCUCGUCUCAUUAAAGAAGUGAUCCUGGCAGAGGAUUUUGAUAUAAAGCACCUGGAGAACUUUUCGGUCAGAAAGAGUUUAUGUGAAUUGGACAAUGACCCCAGUGGGAAGAAGAUAGAGUUUUGA